AUGGAUCUGGAGAAGCUCCACAAAGAAGACCAUACUUUCUUCAAGGUCAUCGUCGAUGAUUUCAAUACCAAUAUUGGCCCCACAAGAACGGCUGAAGAGCUCCACAAGGAGACUCACGUCGGUGUUGUUCCGAAGAACUACACGGGAUCAGACCAUCGUCUCCUCCACACUGGAUUCCGCUUUUCAGUGCGUGGAGAGAGAGAGCUGAAUUCAGAAAAUGAAGCUCCAAGACUGUGGCCAAAUGGGAUCACUUCGCUUCAUUGGCGAGUUUGUGGGAAGAUUCCGUCAGCGAUAACAUCGAUGAAGAGUACGACCGGCUCGUUGAACAUCUUCACGAUUGCGCCAGGAGAGCUGAGAGUCUCAAAGAUGUCAAGAAACGUCUCUCUCGAAGACUCUUGA